AUGUGGGUAAUGUGCCGAGGUGUUAAGGAGGGUGGUGAGUUGUUGUGCUGUGAUAGAUGCCCAGCAUCGUUUCAUCUGAUGUGUCACGAACCAGCAAUCGAACGCAAUACGAUACCGACCGGCAAAUGGCUUUGUAAUCGAUGCACUCAUGCCAUUGCCAACAACGAUUCCAACAUCAAAGGCACCAAAAGAGCUCUGAAAUCAUUAACGCAAGAAGACGGUGCGAUCUUAACGGAGAAAGGACGUAACGAGGCAGCCAUGAUCAGUAUAUUCGAGCGGUUGGAUACGCUGAAUGCUGGUGAUAAGAACGCGCACGAGAAUGCCUUAUCGGUGUUGGCCGAUGCGGCGCUAUCGAUAAACGCUGAGCAGUUCCAGUUACCGUUGACGAUCAAUAAGCAUAUCGUCAAUGUGCCCUAUCAGGAUAUGUACCCAGCUCGAGCAGCUGCACCUUCGACAGCCAUUUGUCAUCUGUGUUCAAAAGGAUCAGAGGACGCGUCGAGCUCUCUACUGAAAUGUGAUUUUUGUCCGUUGUGUUAUCAUUUGGAUUGUUUGAAUCCGCCACUCACUGUGCCACCAAAGGAUCGUUGGAUGUGUCCAGCACACGUCGAGCAUUUCACGGACCGUAAGCUGCUGAAGUCCAUCUCAAUAACCGAACGAAUGAAGUUAUGGCAAAAGCACGCUCGUCAACCAGUUGAGGAUCUCACCGUUAAACUGCGCUUCAUUGAUAAGACCAAGUCGGAUCGUUCGAACGCAUCGAUUUUGCAACGAAAUUGUGCCGAGGUAAAUCAAUUAAUCGGCAACUCCUCUCGUUUAUUUCAGAUAGGUCGUAAACGACAUCGAAUCCCGAAAGGUGUGAAGGAUUUAUAUGUGAAACGGUGGAAGUUUUGGAAGAAAGAUGAAUUCAGUACGCGAGAAGAGCAAGGGGAUUGGUUCGAUGCACUGUUGCAUAUGCAGCGGAUGCGGUGUCUUGCUGAUGCUGUUCCCUCUACAUCCGCAUCUUCAGAGACGGCAACUUCGAGCCGAAUCGAUUCCCAUUCGCUCGUCUCAAAUGAUGAUCACGUCAAAAAGGAACUGAUCACUGACGAUGCGAACAAAAGCAGUGUAUCAUCGGCGAGUGAUCACAAAUUUAGUAAAAUUAAAGUUGAAUCAUUGGACAAGUUGAAUUUAGACGAAGAGAAUACAAAGAAGACCAAAAGUGAUGUGACCAGUCAUGUCUCUGAUGAGCAACUGCUAGGCAAAGAAUCUGACGACGACGAUCAAGAGUGGGAGGUGAAUGAAGCAGAUGGUGAUAAGGAUAUGAUGAAACGUUUAGAGAGGGAAUGUGUGCGAUUGAUGUCUUCGAAGAGUAGGAAUAAAGAGCAACAACUCUUAGGUGCAUUGGCAUACCAACGACUGCAGCAGAUCAACUCUUGUAGUAAUCAAGUUAACUCGACAAUAAUCUCACCGAAACAAUUUCUGCGCUUCGAUCCGCAAGUGCUUCGUCGAAAUCAACCGAUAUUGGCCGUGUUGAAAGCAGACGGCUCGGACGCAUAUCCCAUCCAGCAGAUGAUCACUUCAUUAGGCGUCGAUUCGAAUUGUCUCAUUGAUCUCUCGAGAACAUGCAGCAGUUGCACGGCGAUUGCUUCACAUCACGCUGAUCUCAUCUUCAAUCGGGCACGUCGCCGUUUCGAGUUAUCACCGAUAGGUAUGGAAUGCGUUUGCGUGGAUGGCAUUCUCUACUCGGAGAAUCCAACAAGAAGGCAUUUAAAAUCGAUGAAUCUGUACUCGUGUUCAUGUACAUCGUCAGCAUUCUCUCAAAUAACACCACUCUCCAAAAGUGCACCAUUAAAACAUGGCAGUAUUAUCAAAAUUGGAUGUAUUCGAUUUUUAUUCGCUUCAUUCUUUUGA